AUGAACUUUGUGAUACCUGCUACCCUCCUAAUCUGCUGCGUUCCUGAUGCCAAGCCCUGCCCAUCUUCCUGCGACUGCAGCCUGCUGGGAGAUGAAGGCUUGCAGGUUGACUGCAGCUCCCGGUGGCUGAAGGAGGUGCCAACCCUGCCCGACAAAACAGUCUUACUUGACCUCCAAAACAACAUGCUAACGGGCAUUCAGGCCGGUAGAUUCGACAGACUGCAUCACCUACAGCGUCUGAACCUAUCCCAGAACCCCUUGAGCUGUGACUGCGAUAUCGUGUACCUCAAACACUGGUUGGAUGACAAUGCCAAUGUGUCUGUGACGGGAGCCACCUGCAAAGACCCAGCUAGCCCAGAGACACCGACCACUAUAACCCAGCUUAAUGGCAACGAGUUUGCGGGCUGCAGAAGCACCAAUCCGAUCGACUGCUGGGGUCUCCUCCGAAUUGAUCUAACCAUCUUAGGUGUUUUUGUCCUGCUGGUACUCAUUCCGGUGGCUUAUUUGUAUUUGAUCACAAAACGAUUAGCUUGUUGUAUUGCGAUGACAAUGGACACUGUACUUUAUAGAAGAACUACAGUGAGGAGGCUAAAAUCCCAAUAA